UGUUAUUUUCUGGAAAUUGCAAGUUUAACCUCCAACUAUUUUAAAAUCUAAAAAUUAAACCUGUAACUCUUAAACAUUUCAAUUUCACCCAAUUUUAUAAAGGAGCUUUGAUGAGUUUGUUCCAGUGAUGAAGAAGCACUACAAACUAAUUCUCUCCCACCUGGAGAACUGCAGAACACUGGUGGAGCUGAACCAACUCCACGGCCUCAUGAUCAAAUCCUCUGUUAUCAAAAACGUCAUUCCUCUAAGCCGUCUCAUAGACUUCUGCACCAGCUCCCCAGAGACCAUGAAUCUCACCUACGCGUCGUCAAUUUUCCAAACAAUCGAUUCUCCGAGCGUGUACAUAUGGAACGCUAUGAUCAGAGGCUACUCAAACAGCCCAAACUCAGAUAAAGCGUUGACCUUUUACAAACAAAUGCUUCGUGAAGGGUACUCUCCGGAUCACUUCACGUUUCCUUAUGUCCUUAAAGCGUGUUCUGUGUCGAGAGAUGUUAAGUUCGGGGGAUGUGUUCAUGGGUUUGUCGUGAAGACAGGGUUUGAAUCGAACAUGUAUGCUUCCACUUGUUUGCUUCAUAUGUACAUGUGCUGUGGUGAAGUGGCGUGUGGUUUGAGGGUUUUUGAAGGUGUGCCGAAGUGGAACGUUGUUGCUUGGGGGAGUUUGGUGUCUGGGUUUGUGAAUAACAAUCUGUUUAGUGAAGCUAUUGAGGUGUUUGGUGAGAUGGAGAGUCAUGGUGUGGAGGCGAAUGAGAUGAUAAUGGUGGAUCUUCUGGUUGCUUGUGGGAGGUGUAAAGAUAUUGAGAGAGGGAGAUGGUUUCAUGGGCUUCUUAAAGAGUUAGGCUUUGAUCCGUUUCUUCAGUCGGGAGGUGGUUUUAAUGUGAUCUUGGCGACGAGUCUCGUCGAUAUGUAUGGGAAAUGCGGAGACUUGGGGACCGCGAGGUAUCUGUUCGACGAAAUGCCUGAGAGAAGCUUGGUUUCUUGGAAUUCGAUUAUUACAGGGUAUAGUCAGAACGGUGAUGCGGAGGAAGCGAUGCGUUUGUUUUCGGAUAUGGUUUCUUUGGGUGUCUCUCCUGAUAAAGUAACGUUUUUGAGUAUCAUAAGAGUUUCCAUGAGACAAGGAUGUUUACAAUGGGGGCAAACGGUUCACGGUUAUGUGUUGAAAACCGGGUUUGUGAAGGAUGCUUCUGUGGUCUGUGCGCUUGUGAAUAUGUAUGGUAAAACGGGUGAUGCAGAGAGCGGGAAGAGAGCGUUUGAAGAUCUGGAGGAGAAAGAUACGAUAGCUUGGACGGUUGUGAUCAUCGGGUUAGCGAGUCACGGGCACGGGAACGAAGCGUUGAGUGUGUUCCAGAGAAUGGUAGAGGAAGGUAAUGCUAAACCCGAUGGAAUCACGUUUGUGGGGGUGUUGUAUGCGUGCAGCCACGUAGGUUUGGUGGAGGAAGGACGGAGAUACUUUGCGGAGAUGAGAGAUGUUUACGGCAUAGAACCAACGGUUGAACACUACGGAUGUAUGGUUGAUAUCUUGAGCCGUGCUGGUUGUUUUGAAGAGGCAGAGAGAUUGGUAAAGACUAUGCCGGUUCAACCCAAUGCUAAUGUUUGGGGUGCGUUGUUGAAUGGUUGUGAGAUUCAUGAGAACUUCGAUCUAGCUGAUCGAAUAAGAUGUGUAGCAAAUGAAUCAGAAGAACUCGGUAGCGGAAUCUAUGUGCUUUUAUCUAAUAUUUACGCUAGAGCUGGACGGUGGAGUGAUGUGAAGCUGGUUAGAGAAUCAAUGAACAGCAAAAGAAUAGCUAAAGAGUUAGGUCAUAGUUCUGUUGAAACAACGUUCUAAACUCUCAUGGUCAUGUUUUUAUUCUUUCUAUUUAGAAAAAAAUCCAAUAGUAGUUAUACAGAAUAAAAGAGACGAAAUUCAAAAACUCUUAGAAGCUUUCUUCAGUCUUUUCAUCAUUUGUAUGCAUCUGGCAAACUGUAACCAGGCAUGACGAUCUUGUCAGCAAACAUCUUGCCGGUCUUGGGCAUGACAUGCCAAUGUAACGUCAAGUUGAACUC